AUGGCGAGCCAGGAGUACGUCAGAGAGCUGCAGGUGGCCCAGUUAGCCGUCCAGCGGGCUGCCAUCCUCACCAAGCGCGUGUUCCACGAAAAGGCCAAGGGCACCGUUUCCAAGGACGACAAGUCGCCCGUCACCAUUGGCGACUUUGGCGCCCAGGCCCUCAUCAUCUCCGCCCUGCGCUACCAGUUCCCCACCGACGAGAUCGUGGCCGAGGAGGAGGCCGACCAGCUGCGCGCCGACGCCAACCUGCGGGACACCAUCUGGAGCUUUGUGCAGAACAGCCGGCUCGACGAUCCUGCCGCUGAGGACGUGCUGGGCGGCCCCAUUCCCUCCGUGGACACCAUGCUCGACGUGCUCGACCAGGGCAAGAGCAAGGGCGGCUCCGUGGGCCGCAUCUGGACCAUCGACCCCAUUGACGGCACCAAGGGCUUCUUGCGCGGUGGCCAGUACGCCGUCUGCGUCGGCCUGAUUGUCGACGGCGACGUCAAGGUCGGCGUGCUGGGCUGCCCCAACCUGCCGACCGACGACGCCACCAAGCUGACCGUCGACGUCGGCGCCAACCAAUCCGACGAGGGCAGCAACGUCGGCGUGCUCUUCUCGGCCGUCAAGGGCGACGGCGCCUACAGCCGCCCCCUGACGACGGGCAACGUGCUGGCGGGCCGUGCCAUCCACAUGAACGCGCUGUCCACCAAGCAGGACCUGCUGCAAGCGUCGUUUUGCGAGAGCGUCGAGGCCGGCCACUCCAACCAGGACGAGUCGGCGCAGAUCACGCGCAUCCUGGGCAUCACAAAGCCGAGCGUGCGCAUGGACUCGCAGGCCAAGUACGGCUCGAUUGCGCGCGGCGCCGGCGACAUUUACCUGCGCCUGCCCGUGUCCGCGACCUACCAGGAAAAGAUCUGGGACCACGCGGCGGGCGACCUGAUUGUGCGCGAGGCUGGUGGCCAGGUCACGGACACGCUGGGCCGCCGGCUCAACUUUGGCCACGGCCGCACGCUGGCCGAGAAUAAGGGUGUCGUGGCAGCGCCGGCGGCGAUCCACGACAGGGUGCUCAGUGUCGUACAGACGGUCCUCAAGAUUUCGCCGUAG